UACACGUGUGUUUGUGCCAGAGAAAAAUUCUUGGAGUUGGAUGGAGGGAUAAAGCGCAUCAAUGAUAUCACAUCACAAUGUGUAAUCUUCAAAAGACGAGCGAUGCCUGGUUUUUGGUGUGUCAGUGAAAACAGCUCACUAGAAGAGAUGUAUAGUUGGGUGCCUUGUGGAAUGCUCUCAUUGAAAAUAUUUUUUCUCUCAAUUUAUUUUUGUGGUUGCUCAUGCUAUGACCUGAAGAAAUUAUCGGAGUGUUGCGCUGUAGUAAUAGACAUGGGGGGAACACGGAUUUACAAGAACUUCCACCAAUGGCUGAUACCCUCAAGAGCGGUGGUGGCGAUCCUAGCUCUGGCCUCUGUGUCUGUGUUCGUCGGUAUCGUGCUCUUGGCUAUUGGGAGUCCUGCAUUGACCAUAGGUGGAGCGAUAGUUUUCGGAUUUGGUCUGCUUCUCAUUCUGUCCUGUUUAUUGCUAUGUUUACACGCCUGUUUUGUGAUGUACGUCAAAGACGAAUCCACUCAAACCCACGAUAACGAUGCCACCACCUCUUCAAACAGCAAACGAGACUCCGGUUCAAUUCCAACAUACGCUUGUAUUGACAGAAAACCGCCACCCUCUCCAUCAAGCGUCCAUAACGGUCGUACUGCGCCCAAGAAAUUUGUGACCCUUGGUGGUUAUGCAUCGCAGAAUGCAAAUUUGAGUGCCAAGGAUGGGACAACUCCAGGAAAUGGAACUGCGGCUCGUGAAAGUAACAGAUUUAACUCUAUAUAUUCAACAUAUAACCCAAAACGUCAAGAUUAUCAACAAGGCCCGCCCAUUGUGCAACGUUUGUUUGCGUUUUCAACCGAUUUUUCGCAACCAACGCCUUAUAGCACGCUGAAGCCGCAAAACCAGAAACCACCAAUCCCACAACAACACCACCACCACCACCAACAACAACAACAAAAUAACAUCCCGCAAAGCAAAUAUGGAUUCCGCUCUUCCUUUGAAGAAAGAGAUUACGAUAAUCAAAUAGAAUCCAUGCCCCUGAUGAUAGAGAACCAGCAGUCUCUUCGAUCCAAAACUUCUUUCGACGAGACAUUCAAACCAACUCCUCUCGUUUAUCCGUCCGCCAGACGACCUAUAACCUUUGAUAAGAUAUCAAUGUCGUCUUCUAAGACGAGCAUUUAUGACAAUGUUCAUUGUGCAAUUGGUUUGGAUACUUUUAAACUCGACAGAGAAAAUGAUUGAUUUGUCGACGAAGGUUGCACUGAAGUUCAUUUAUAAAGACCAGUUGUGGUUAAAUAUUCUAUAUCUACAUACAUGCAGUUAUUUACUGCAGGCUGUUCAGUAUACAGGGUUAUUUUCGCCCGUGCAAUUUUCGUCCCUCUACACUUACAAACAGGUUCGCCUCGUUUUGCAUUUACCCAGAAACAGCUGUGUUUAAUAGAGAUAAUUUGAGACAUUGGAAAUCGCCAAGUCUUAAAUUCGCAUGCUGACAACGGGCAAAAGGG